GGCGGAUAAUCAGGAGCUGCAGCUCAGCAACCUGCUGUCCCGGGACAGGCUGAGUCCCGAGGGCCUGGACAGGAUGGCCCAGCUCAGGGCGGAGCUGCUGACGCUGUACGAGCGAGUGAUCCUGACGGACAUAGAGUUCUCCGACUCCCAGAACCUGGACCAGGCCCUGUGGAAGAAUGUGUUUUACCAGGUCAUAGAGCGCUUCCGCCAGCUGCUGAAAGACCCGGCGGCGGACAACGCCCCGCGCAUCAGGGGCAUGCUGCUCACUCUGCUGGACGAGGGGGCUGUUUUCUUUGACGCACUCCUGCAGAAGCUUCAGACGGUGUUCCAGUUCAAGCUGGAGGACUACAUGGAUGGCAUGGCCAUCCGCGCGCGCCCCUUACGCAAGACGGUGAAGUACGCCCUGAUCAGCGCCCAGCGCUGUAUGAUCUGUCAGGGGGACAUUGCCAGGUACCGCGAGCAGGCCUGUGACUCCGCCAACUACGGCAAGGCGCGCAGCUGGUACCUGAAAGCGCAGCAGAUCGCCCCAAAGAACGGCCGGCCCUACAACCAGCUGGCUCUCCUGGCAGUGUAUACGAAGCGGAAGCUAGACGCUGUGUAUUACUACAUGCGAAGCCUGGCAGCCAGUAACCCCAUCCUGACUGCCAAGGAGAGCCUGAUGAGUCUGUUUGAGGAGACCAAACGCAAGGCCGACCAGCUGGAGCGGCGUCAGCAGCGGGAGUCCGACGGGGGGUCCCGGGGCCCGAGGGGCGGAGGAGGAGGAGGAGGCGGCCGCGGGGAGGACGCCGCCCGGGUGGAGAUCUGGGUGCGGCCGAGUGGGCAGGCGGGCACGGCGUCCCGCACCGGCAGCGAGUCGGGUCGGGACUCGGAGCAGGACGGCGAGCUGGGGACCCUCAGCGCCAGCGACCUCAACAAGCGCUUUAUCCUGAGUUUCCUGCACGCCCAUGGAAAGCUCUUCACCAAAGUGGGCAUGGAGAGCUUCCCGGACGUGGCCGGCCGGGUUCUGCAGGAGUUCCGGGCCCUGCUGCAGCACAGCCCCUCCCCCCUGGGCAGCACCCGCAUGCUGCAGAUCGUCACCAUCAACAUGUUCGCCGUGCACAACGCCCAGACCCGGGACGGGCCGGAGGAGACGCGCUCAGUGCUGCAGGAACAGACCACCGGCCUGGGGCUUGCCAUGUUCGGCCUGCUGGUGCGGCGAUGCACGGAGCUCCUGAAGGACACGCCCACAGCCCCCCCGCCGGCGGAGGACGGAGGAGAGGAGGGGGACGAGGGCGAGGCGGAGGGCAUGGUGCGAGUGUCAUCUUUCCCCGCGGACCUGCGGGAGCUGCUGCCCAGCGUUAAGGUGUGGUCCGACUGGAUGCUGGGGCACCCCGAACAGUGGAACCCGCCACCCUGCAGCCUGCCUCUGCCCGCCAGCUGCUGUCCAGAUGUGUGGCGUUGCCUGGCGGACUUGUGCAACGCGCUGGCGUGCGUGUACCAUGGGGAGGCGCCGCUGUACAAGGCCGACGGGGACGAGGACCUGCGCCUGCUGCAGCUGGAGGAGGAUCGGCUGCUGGCGGGCUUCGUCCCGCUGCUCGCCGCCCCCCAGGAACCCUGCUACAUCGACACGCACGCCAACACCGCCAUUGCGGCGGACUGCAAGCGGGUGACGGUGCUCAAGUACUUCCUGGAGGCUCUGUGUGGGCAGGAGGAGCCGCUGCUGGCCUUCAAGGGUGGAAAGUAUGUGUCGGUGGCCACACUCCCACCUCCCGGCCUGGGAACGGAAACCAGGAACCACCGGGGAAAACAAGCAGACAAUCAGGACAACGACGUCAUCGUGGAGGCAGAGUCGUCACAGUCGCAGUCGGAGGGUGACGCGGAGCCGGAGGGCGAGGGCAGCGGCAGCGAGGACGACAUCCGGGAGCUGCGGGCGCGGCGGCAUGCCCUGGCGCACGAGCUGGCGCGGCAGCAGAAACGCCGCGACAAGAUCCAGGCUGUGCUGCAGACCUGCCGCCAGCUGGAGCUGGAGAUCCGGCCGCUCUUCCUGGUCCCCGACACCAACGGCUUCAUCGACCACCUGGCGGGGCUGAGGAAGCUCAUGUCCUGCGGCCUCUUCAUCCUGGUGGUGCCUCUGAUCGUGAUUACCGAGCUGGACGGGCUGGCCAAAGGGCAGGAUAAUCGGGGGGGUACGGGCGGGGGCGGCAGCGGCGGAGGGAGCCACGCUCGGGGAGUCCAGGAGAGGGCCAAGGCGGCGGUCAGCUUCCUGGAGCGCGGGUUCGAGGCACGGGAGCCCUGUCUCAGAGCUCUGACCAGCCGGGGGAACCAGCUGGAGUCCAUCGCCUUCCGCAGCGAAGACACCUCCGGCCAGCAGGGCAACAAUGAUGACCUGAUCCUGUCCUGCUGUCUCCAUUACUGCAAGGACAAGGCCAAGGACUUCAUGCCCACGAACCGAGAUGAGCCAGUGCGGCUGUACAGGGAAGUGGUUCUGCUGACGGACGAUCGCAACUUGCGGGUCAAGGCUCUGACCCGGAACGUUCCGGUGCGAGAUAUCCCCGCCUUCCUCAGCUGGGCCAAAGUGGGCUGAACCAAGAUGGCAGGGGUCAGCUACAAACACAACAACAACAGCCACGUACAUGUGGAGGAAGAUUCACCUGUGGAGAGAGAGGAAAAAUAAGAGCUAAAAAAAACACAGAAUUGGCUGAGAAUGACACUUUUUGAAACGAGAAAAGCCUUUUUUUCCUCUAGACAGAGCAGAAAACGCCUCACUUCUGAAAGAUAGUAAGCUAGAUUGCGUAUAAGAACACGAGCGGUGGUUGGACCAAGAGGACUCUGAGAACGGAGGUCAGAGGCGUAGGGGAGAGGGGUGUGUGAUUUGGGGAGUCUCUGGUCCAGCCGUUGUGUGUGCAGCCUGUGUCCACAAGUAAUAUUUGUGAGAGAGAGGGAACUGAGGGAAAGAGAGGAAGAGCCGCACUGAGUGAGGAAGAGGAUGGUAAAUGCCCAAGCCUGCCUGAGUAUGCUCCCUUUGAGGGUCACCGCGGUGACACGGAAAAACGCUGGGGCAAAGAAAGCAGGAUAGAGGGACAGGGACAGUGAGUAGAGAACAGCUCUUUUCAUCACGGGCUGUCUCUCAAACUGAUUCCAGCUUUGAUGGGCAGUGUUCUCAGUGCGCAAGUCCUGUUUGGAAUUUUUAUUUGUUAGGGUGUU